GACGCGUUGAGGAUGCCAGUGUGGGUCACAUGGUUCCUCUGAGCCAGACUUCAUGCAGCUUGCCAUUAAAAUGUUUUCAUUGCCUCCGACCUCGCAAGGCUUCUCCGUUUGACAAUAGCACACGUAUCGAGACGCCCGGGUUCACGAAUUUAAAACGCCACACGUCUCGCCAGAUAGCCCCGGCCGGCGCUCCAGGAGGACGAGGUAGCGGCGGGCGUUAUUUUGGAGGCCGCUCCCCCCCCCCCUCCCCCCUUACCCUCCGACAAGCUAGCUAACGUUCGCAGGCCCCAAAACCGCACUGGGAAACCGGGUGGACAACCAUGGCUAACAUCGCCGUUCAGAGGAUAAAACGGGAAUUCAAGGAGGUGCUCAAAAGCGAAGAGACGAGCAAAAACCAGAUUAAGGUGGAUCUCGUGGAUGAGAACUUCACAGAACUGAAAGGGGAGAUAGCAGGGCCACCGGACACACCGUAUGAAGGGGGUAGAUAUCAACUAGAAAUUAAAAUUCCAGAGACAUAUCCUUUUAAUCCACCCAAGGUGCGGUUUAUCACAAAGAUCUGGCAUCCCAACAUCAGUUCUGUCACAGGUGCAAUAUGUUUGGACAUUCUCAAAGAUCAGUGGGCGGCGGCCAUGACGCUUCGGACGGUCCUCUUGUCACUACAAGCUUUACUGGCAGCCGCAGAACCGGACGAUCCGCAGGAUGCCGUGGUAGCCAAUCAGUACAAGCAGAACCCCGAGAUGUUCAAACAGACAGCGAGGCUCUGGUCUCACGUCUACGCCGGCGCUCCCAUCUCCAGUCCGGAGUACACGCGCAAAAUAGACGAACUCUGUGCCAUGGGCUUCGAAAAAAAUGCAGUAAUAGUGGCCUUGUCGUCAAAAUCCUGGGACGUGGAGACGGCGACGGAGCUACUAAUCAGUAACUGAAUCCCGUCACCAAUUUUUACAUCUUCUUCAUCCUCCCACACGCGUCCUCGUAUUCUCAGCAUCUCUUCCCGCGUCGCACCUUCUGUUUCGCAGUGGACUCUGCCCCCACCCCCCACUCCGCACUGUCCCCGCCCCUCCCUCCCCUGUGCCACACACUCCAAUCAGUUGCUCGGCAAGCGCGCGUCGCCCCCCCCCCCCCCCCCCCGUGAAGGUCGUUCAACAUUCCGCUCAGUGCUACAAUCACAAGUCCGACCAUUUAAAAAGUCGCCCCCCCCCCCCCCGCCCAUCACUUCUCUGACUGCAUACAACAAACAUUCAUCAUCUAUUCAGACAUUCACUUUUAGUUUUGGAAAAGCUUUUUGGAAGAGAGAGUCACGCAUUCAGACAGACUGUUUGGGCAAUUUUAAUUUUAAAACUGUAGACCACCCAUAAACGUCGUCGUCAUGUGCCACCAAUGAACGGCAUUAGUGAGCGUAGCUUCAAAUGUAAAAUAAAUUCCAAUUUCAUUGUCGAAGCAAAUGCUUUUUUUUCCUCUGCUGUUCACGUGACGUGGACUCUCUUUGGCGGCCCGACAUCCCUCCCUCACUGGUUCGUUCGGUACUGGAAUAAACUUCUCGCCACAUUAAAAGUUAAAAAAAAAAGGAAGAAAAGAAGCAUUUUAUUUGGUUUUGGCCUUCUACAGGAAUAUAUAUAUUAGGAUUCUUGUUUUUAAAAACCUAGAAUAAACACAAAAGCAAUCUCCAAAGUAAAAGAAAGCGCUCAAGUAAUUCAUCACCUUGACAAUGUCAACGGAUAUGUCUAAAGAUUCAUCUGUAAAUAAAGAUAAAGUCUGU